AUGGGAGAGUGCGCGCCUACGGCGGCGGUCGCGACGGCGUCGACGGCCAAGACGUCGGUGUGGUGGGACAUCGACAAGUGCGCGGUGCCCCGCGGCCGCUGUGACCCGCACCGCAUCGCCCACAACCUCAUCGCCGCGCUCGCCGCUGCGGGGUACGUCGGCCCCGUCUCGAUUGCUGCCUACGGCGACGCCGCCCGGGUCCCCCCGCCCGUCCUGGCAGCGCUCUCCGCCACCGGCAUCUGCCUCAACCACGUCCCUGCCGGGAGCAAAGACACCAGUGAGAAGAGGAUGCUUGUCGACAUGUUGUUCUGGGCAUUCGACAAUCCUCCACCGGGCAACUACUUGCUUAUCUCAGGCGAUCAGGAUCUCUCUGACCUCCUUCACAGACUUAGGAUGAAACGCUAUGAUAUCCUGCUAGUACGACCUCCCAAUGCAUCAUCUCAGGUGCUUGCUGCUGCAGCUAAGAAGGUCUGGCUCUGGGAAAACCUUACAGCAGGCGAGCUGCUGCUACCAGAGCCGCCGCCUCCAAGAAGUGUGCUAGGUUGCAAGCUGCAUCUGAAUAGUUCAGAUACCUUAAAGUGUUCACAUAGUAAGGUUCUUUUCGAUUAUGGUAAGAGUGAUGGUAAUGGAAAGGAAGGCACUCAAAUUAGAGUGAGAACUCUUCAAAAGUAUGUUAAGAAGGCAAGUUAUUCAUCUACUACUGAAAUUUGUCAAGAUCGUGUAGUGCCAGCUGGUGGAGUUUCUAGAAGUUCUACUGGAAGGACACUUAGCGAGGUCGACCAUUAUUCGGUUUCAUCAUUAUCAUCAUCAAGUUCUGACUCAACAAAACGUGCAAAAGCGAAUACCUCAGUUCCACCGGAAAAUCGUACUUUGUCCAACUUGUCGUCUCAUAGACAUGUCCUGUCUACUCAUUCACAAGCAGAAGCAACAACCCAGCCCGUCCUUGCUGAUAAGCCUGGCAUAUCAACUGGGUGUUUGCCAAGAAAUGCAACUCUUAAUUUUGGUGCUAGUAGUGGUCAAUGUAAUCAAAUGUCUCAGCAUUUCAGAUACUUUGAAGCACAGAGUAAGCUUCAUUCUGAGUUUACACCAGGCAGUUAUAAGGGAAAGGCAGUCAAUCGACAUGUGUCGAAGCCACUUCAGAUGUAUGUAAAGAAGAAGACAAACAUCACAUUUGGUUCUGCUAACAAGCCGGUUGGUUCAAUUGGGGUUCCUGAAUGUCCUGUAGGAAAGAGUACAAUUGAGCUAGACCAAGCUUCUGUUUCAGCAUCGCCAACUUCUACUCAGUCCCAUUCAUCAGCUCAAAGGCCUAUAGCUUCUGCUCAUUUGCAUCAAGUGAAAGCACCACAUGAAUCCAUCCUUGGUAAGAAGCCUAGCACAUCAGUUGAGUUGCAUCAAGUGAAAGCGCCACAUGAAUCCAUCCUUGGUGAGAAGCCUAGCACAUCGGUUGAGCUAGUGAGAGUACCACAUGAGUCCAUCCUCAGUAAAAAGCCUAGCACAUCAGCUGAGCAUGCAUUAAGAAAUGGGACACAUGAUUCUGAUGUUUGUGCUAUCAAAUAUAAUCCAACAUAUCAGCAAUUCAAAUGUUCUGAAGCACAGAAUAAGCUCAACUCUUGCUCUAAUGUGGGUGAUAACAAUGGGAAGUUAGGAAAUGAAUACAAGACCAAUAAAGAGCAACCCUAUGCAAAAUGGAUAAAUAUUUUCACAGCUUCAGCAAGCAAUGAAAUAAAGCCGUCUACUAGAACUUUUGAUAAUUCUAACGGAAGUACUUCAAGCUAUCCAAGUCAAUCUUUGUCAGCAUCGUCAAGCUCCAAAUCGCUUCAGAGUGCAAGAGUGAAUGACUCAAAUCUGCUGUUAUUAGAUCAGAUACCUUUACUUACUGACAAUUUGCAUCAGGAUGGAGCAACAUCCAUUUUUGGUAAGAAGAAUAGCACAUCAUUUCAGUGCACUGCGAAAAGUGGAACUUUCAUUUUUGGUGCUAGUAGUGGCCAGUACCAUCAGACAUAUCCGCAUGUCCAGUCUUCUCUGCUAUCAGAGCAAUAUAAUUCAGGUACUAGUAUAGUUCAUGGUCAUGCUGACUCAAUAAAUUUGCAUAGAGGCAGCUCUGCUUCGCCAUCAGUAGAACAAAAUGGUGUUCCGUUUGCACAAACACGAACAUGGUCCAGUGGCUCAGCUUUUGAAGGUUUGGAUGAUAUUUGCAAUAGUUUUGGUAGACUGAAUAUUUCUGAAUGCCCUCAAGGAACUACUGAGACCAGGCCUCAAGGUCCACCUACUAAUGGUCCUUCGAUGGGAAUGCCAGAUAAUUCUGGACAUCCUGUAGGUUUUCACGAGAGCAGAUCAUCUUUUCACUUGGAUUCUAACUCCAGCUGCUAUCUGAAUCACUCUAGUGACCCUCAAAGUGGCCAACCUCCUUUCAGUGGCUAUACUUGCACAGUCGGGCACCAACCUAAUAUGUCCAGUGAUAUGCAAAGCUCUGAACACUCUGGAGAUAAGCCAAGACAUCUGUCAAAUUCUGCUGAGCCUGAAGUAGGAAUAAUAUUGCAAGCUUUGGACAUAUUGAAGACUGAAAAGAUAUUCCCAACAGAAACAAACAUUGCAGACUGUAUAUGUUAUGGAGAGCUGAAUUUAACAGGUUUUGAUGUUAAGAAGGCUCUUGAACUUGCCAUUCGACAUGAAGCUGUCGUUAUGAAGAAAUUACUAAAUGACAUGCCAUUAUUUGUUGCAAAAGACGAGAGCCUCUGGAAAUGUGUGAAUGUAACAAAUACCAAAGCAAAGAAUCCCACAGAGGAGCUAGAGGCAGUUUAUAAGUACAUUUCAUCCCCCGAUGGCCACUCUGCAAUGAUGAAUUCUCAGUCAAGGUACCAAGCUGCAAUGAUCUUGAAGAGAUCGUGCAUGCAGCAGUAUGCACUGGGCGACAUUCUCCAGGUUCUGCAUAUCGUUAUUGUUCGAAAGAAAUGGCUUGUGCCUCAUUCUUCAGGCUGGCAGCCGCUGUCCUUAUACACAACAGCGGAUACUGCAACUACUGAUGCUCCAGGAAAAGUUAAAUCUUCUUUUCCUGUGGUCGUCUCAGGAUAG